ACACAACGUUAGUGUCAUGUGUAGUCAGCACGAUAUUGUGCAACAGACUUAACCAAUAAAAGGAUUUUCUAUACUAACUGUUAGAAAUUUAAAUAUCCAUGCACAGAACAAAAAUGUUACCAAAAAAGUCAGAACUUUGAUAUUGAAUUCAUUAUAAAAAAAAAAGAGAAAGACAAGGGAUUGAUUAUUUUUGUAUGUCUUGUAUGCACAUCUCGGAGCAGGAAAAAAAAUCCCGCAUGUGCAAUAGUAGAAAGUGUGAUCCAAAGAAAUGAAUUUAUGAACUAUUUUAGUUAGCCAGUGUGAACAUACGUGUCCCUUUCCCUCUCUCCAAAAGGACAGGCGACAACCAAUCUCGGAAGUGAACGAUUUCAUGUCCCAACAGGCGAGUGCGGAAGGCAGGAUUCGAUGUGAAAGAACCCGGUGGUGAAGUGAGAAAGUAGAGAAAAAAGAAAACUAAAGAUGUCUGACGUACAAGGUUCUUGGGACAGAAUAAAGGGCAAAGUGAAGAGCACCCCGACUAUGGUGUUUUCCGUCAUUGGUGAUUCCGACAGCUUUGUCCCCAGACCCUGGGCCAAAACAGUGUUCCAGACAGCACUGAUAGAGGCGGCUAAAAAUGGAGGGGAAUCGUGGAUAUUAUACCGAGGUCAUGACAGUGGGUUGUCCGAUAUCGUACACGAGGCUUAUAUAAAUUAUGGAGACAUGGAAUUCGGAACAGAAAACGACACGAAGCCAAUGGAGGACGAGGAACGACACGUGAAACUCAUCAGCAUUGGGGGGAAUGAAGUCAACCCCCUAAAGGGAAACGGAAAUGACGUAGAGACGAUCAGCAUAACCACGCCAAUAGAAUACAGGGAAACGUCGGGCGCGGGAGAGGAUUUUUUGUUAAAGUUUGAAAAGUUUGUUUCUGAACAAGAAGUAUCUUUCUUCAGUCAAAAAAUGGAUUUCAGAAUGCCUGUUCCCAUAGCAAUCAUUGUUUGUGAAGGCGAUAUCGAAACCAUUGCGCACAUAUCCGCGGCAGUGGAAAAGAAACUUCCUGUGAUCAUAAUGAAAGGCUCAGGAAAAGCUGCAGAUUUGGUAUUGGACUACCUGGAAAACCCAGAAUUAUUGAGGAAGAAGGCCAGCUUGUUGUUUGGGAUACGCUUUGACGACAACAACUACGACAAGUUGACGGAAUACCUGAAGACAAUUAAAAACAAAGAAGAUUUGAUUGGUGUUUUCGAUGUGGACAAUGACGAUCCAUUGAUGCUGUCAAACAUUGUUGGUGAAGCUGUCGUCAGUUGCUGGGCCAUGGAGAAAAUUCUGACGGAAGAAAUUAAAAAUAAUGAGCCCCCUAAAUAUGAGGAUCGUCCCAGGACAGCAUUUCCGAACUCCAAAAUGAAUGGUCUCACGAUGUCCGGCUCCUCAGUGGCCUGGAAACUACUAAAAAGAAAUUCGGUGAAGCCUGAGGAGAUAACGAUGAAGCAGCUAUUGGGGGACUACCAGAAAGAGUCCAGACCUUAUGUACUGAACCCGAAGUACGCUUCUCCUACGUCACUUCCGCUUUACUUCUACUUUGGAUACCAGCUUCUUCAGGAAUCAGAAGUAUUGAAGCAAAGUGGUCAUAUUUUGCUUUUUGAAGCACUGAAAGCUAACCGCUGUGACUAUGUGAGAGUUUUAUUGGAUCAAGGAGUGAAAUUUAAACUUGCCAACUUGCCAGAAUUGUAUGAACAGACUGUGUCCUGUAAAGACUGUAAGUUUAAAGAAGAUGACUGUCUCCACAUGCAGUGGAUAUUGAAGCAAAUCCAAGAGACCCACGCUAAGGCAUUAUGUCAUAAACACAAAAGAAUUAUGAAGAAACUAAAAGAGGCAGAAAAAGACAAUGAAAAAGAGAAAAUAAACAUAUAUAAAGACAAAGAGAAAGAAUUACACACGUCAGUUGCAGACGCAGGCAAAGGGUUAUGCCGCAAGAUUUUGAGAUAUAAAGGCACGAUAGUGGCAUCAAACGGAAAUUACAAUGGGGGCAAAGAAGAUGGGGAUAUUUCGGAUCUGUUGCUUUGGGCUAUAUUUGCCAACAGAAAAGAACUAGCGGAGAUUUGCUGGCUACGAGGCGAAGAUCAUUUAUUGACAGGUUUAGUAUGCUCAGCUGUGCUACAUAAGUUAGCUAACAAGGCAAAUAAUGUGAAAGAACAAAUCCUAUCAAGCGAGUUGGAGGAACAUUCAAAAUUGUUUGAGCAACGCUGCAUAGCAAUCAUGGACCGCAUGUACGAAGAGAACACGAAACACGCCAUUGAUCUGAUGGAUGAUGAGGCCGUGAUCUGGGGAAUAACAUCCAGUCCUUUGACCUUUGCGUAUGAAAACUUCAUGUAUGACGUAGUGGCGCACACGUGUUCUCAGAAGAAUAUGAAUAAACAGUGGUACAACAAUCUCGCCCCGGACCUAAUGCCAUUUUUAAAAUCUGCGUUUAGAAAACCUAAGAAGUUCUUUACAGCACCAUUGACAAAAUACGUUUACAACUACAUAAUGUUCUUUUCUAUGUUGGUGAUGUACAGUGCUUUUGUACUGACCAGUAUCAGCACUGAGUAUUACGUCCAGGACAUCGCCAGAGUCUUUGAAUAUUAUGUGUAUUUCUGGGGUGCGGGCGAUUUUAUUGAGGAACUCAUCAGCUGUUUUGGAUGUCUGGAUGCAAAGGGUCGUUCACAUCGUGGAUACUACUCCCGGAUGAAGAGAUACCUGUAUGACUUCUGGAAUGUGGUGGAUCUUUUGUCGUACGCCUUGCUGAUUACUGCCUUGUUUGUGCGUCACAUGCACCCCUCCGAAACCUUUACCGUCGCCAGGAGAAUGUUUUCGUUAUCCCUGCUGGUUAUGUAUUUAAGAUUUCUGGAAGUAUUUCUCAUCCACAGACGAUUGGGACCCACUCUGAUUAUGAUAAAGGAAAUGUUGAAGGAUCUGUUUGGAUUCCUGUUCGUGGCGGUCUUUAUUGUGAUAGGAGUUGGGAUUUACUACCAUGCGAACCUCUGGCCGGAUUAUCAGGGCAUGUGGGAUGGUGACUGGACGAAGUGGAGAAUUUGGCAAAUUAUUUACUACCCCUAUUUUCAACUCUACGGAGAGUUAUUCAAUGACUUUCUGGAAGGCAAAGACCUAUCAGACUGUUCUCACAAUACUUCGGUGUGGCAGUCCGACUCUUCCAUUGAACGUUGUCCUCAAGAAGACUGGACAGUGUUAGGCGUUUCAGCAAUUUACAUGUUAUUCUCUAAUCUUGUGUUGGUCAACCUCGUUAUUGCCAUGUUUAGCUACACAUUUGAACGAGUUCAAGAAAACUCCGAAAAAUUGUGGAGGUUUGAGAGGUAUACCGUCAUCAAUGACUACGAAUGGAGGAUUCCUUCUCCUAUCAACCUUGCAUUCCUUCCUUAUCGUUUUUGCUGCUGCCCAGGCAGGAAAGGGUGUUGCCUAUAUAAGUGCAGAGAAAGUUGCUGCCCAAAGCAAGUAAAGAAAGAACAAGAGGAAAAUAAAAAAGCCCGGAAGUUCCGUAGAAACUUUCAGAGGAUAACAGCAUUCAGAAUUCGCAAUAAACUGUAGGGAGGAAGUGCAUUGUCGUAACGUAUUACCAUGCAGUUAUAAAAAAGACAAUACGUUCUGCGAAUUUGAAACGUUUGGAAUUUAAGGUUUGAAGACAACGUUAUGUUACAUGAUGUGAGUGCGUGAAAUUCCAUUCGAGUUACGUAACGACUGCACGAUAUUUAGAUUCUCCCAAUACAAAACGAGACAUAGAUUACAAAGAAUACGACGAGUUCUAUCAUAAGGAACUCUGAAUGUUUGAGAUUAUUUUGAACUGAAAUCGUAUAACAAUUUAUCUAUUGCUUUACGCUGUGAUGUGAAUGAUUCCGUCCUGAUAAAAUUGCAUAAUUGUAGUAAAAAUGGAAUAUCAUUGUAAUAUGUUUUUUAUUUAUGAAUUUCAAUAGAUACGCUGUACAGUUUUAGGUGUCAUGAAACAUGUCUGUAAGUUUAAUGCAAAUAUGUUUGUAGCAGAUAAACACUGGAUAUAAAAAUUAUGUCUA